CGAGGCUACCUGAAGGAAAUGGCCACUUCCCGCUUACCACCGGCGACGCUAACGCUAAAGCAGUUCAUGAGAAGGCAACAAGUUCUCCUUCUCUACAGAAGGAUUUUGCAAGCAAUUCGGGAAGUGCCACAUGAUUCUGAUCGAAAAUACCUGAAGGACUGGGCAAGGGAAGAAUUCAAAAGAAACAAAAGCGCCACCCAAGAGGAUACAAUCCGGAUGAUGAUUACUCAAGGCAAUAUGCAGCUCAAAGAGUUAGAAAAAACCCUUGCUUUGGCAAAAUCUUAACGAUAGCAUUAUUCUGAAAGACUUUCAAAGUUUCCAUGUGUAUUAAUUAGACUCGAUGGGCAGCCUAAAAGCAAGUCAAACUGUACAGUACUUGGGAAAAUGUCAGAACAUGGAGCAUGGCAUGUGAGAGCAAACAAAAGCACAUCAGAACAAUUGCCUUAACACUGAAAAACAUACCCUGCAUUUUGAAAAUGUUUUUGGAUGUGUCAGCAGUUCAAGCAGCAAAAACCAGUACAAGUGGUCAGCACUUGAGAUGCUCAACACCAUUAACCCUCUGGGAAAUGCAAAUUAAAACCACACUGAAACAGUACCACAUCCAGUGGAAUAACUAUAAUUAAAAACAGUUAAGCAAAUGUUGGUAAAGAUACAGGGAAACUGGACCCCUCAUACAUGCUGUGGGAAUAUCAAAUGGCACAGCCACUUGGAACACAGACUGUCAGUUGCUUAAAAGAUUAAGUUACCAAACAGUUCAGCAGUUUCCUCCUAGGUUUAUAACCAAGAGAACUGAAAAUCUUUCUACAAGAAAACUUGUACAGGAAUAUUCAUAGCAGCAUUAUUCAUAAUAGCCAAGAAGCAGAAGCAAUCCAAAUGCCCACCAUCUGAUAAAUGAUUAAAUAAGAUGUCUGUAGAAUAUUAUCUAGCAAUAAAAAGGAAUGAAGUACUGAUA